UUUCACCCCAAAUGAACCAGCCAGGGAACGCAAGCCCCACUUCUCAGAAAUCUGCCUCCUGCAAUCUUGGCGGUGACUUUGAGCAGAGGUAGCUCUCUCCCAGGUUCAAAAGGAGCUGAGCAAACAGGUUCUGCUCUCAAGGUUCAGCCAGGAGCCACAUUCUGCUGGGUUCACACAUAGUCCUGGACUUGGGUACAGAGAACGGGAUCUACGAAGCCUACCUGGACACAGCCUCCCUGCAUCCUGAACGUCAGGUGCGGACCUGAGAGUUCCGUGUCCAGUUGCUGAGAACUAUGCAGUGGCUCGUGAGGUUCCGGGUCCUCUGGGGAGUCCACAGAUCCCUCCGUGCCCUGCACCCUGCCCCUGCUCACUUGGGUUGCCAGCCUUUAACAGGAGUUGGGGCUCCAAGAUGGAGUGACCACGAUAUGCCCAAGGAAUUUAACUUUGCAAGUGACGUGAUGGACUACUGGGCUCAAAUGGAGAAGGAGGGCAAGAGAGGCCCGGGGCCGGCGCUGUGGUGGAUCAGUACCCAAGGAGAAGAGGUGAAGUGGAACUUCAGAGACAUGAGGGACCUAAGCUGCCGCGUGGCCAACAUCCUCACCGGGCCCUGCAGCCUGCAGCAGGGGGAUCACCUGGCCCUCAUUCUGCCUCGAGUGCCUGAGUGGUGGCUGGUGGCCCUGGGCUGCAUUCGAACAGGGAUUGUCUUCAUUCCUGGGACAACCCAGUUGACAUCCAAGGACAUUCUCUACAGACUACAAGUGUCCAACGCAAAGGCCAUCGUGACCACAGAUAGUCUCGCUCCAGAGGUAGAUGCUGUGGCUUCUGAGUGCCCCGCUCUGAAAAGCAAGCUCCUCGUCUCUGAUCACAGCCUUCAUGGGUGGCUGGAUCUCCAGUCACUGAUUAAAUCAGCAUCCCCAGAGCAAACCUGUAUUAAGUCGAAGACAGAGGAUCCAAUGACCAUCUUCUUCACUAGUGGGACCACAGGUCUUCCCAAGAUGGUAAAACACAACCAUGGACUCGCUUUGCGCUCCUACCUGCCUACAUGCAGGAAACUAAUGCAGCUGAAGACGUCGGAUGUCCUCUGGUGCCUGUCAGACCCAGGCUGGAUUCUGGCCACCGUGGGGGCCCUGUUUGAACCAUGGACAGCAGGGUCUACUCUCUUCAUCCACCAUCUGCCCCAGUUUGAUCCCAAGGUCAUUAUAAAGGUACUAUUUGAAUACCCCAUCACUCACUGCAUAGCUGCACCAACUGUAUUUCGGAUGAUUCUACAGCAGAAAGUUGCCAAUCUCAGGUUCCCCACGCUGAAGUUCUGCUUUACUGGUGGGGAGUCUCUGCUGAUCCAGGAGUUUGAGCAGUGGAAGAAACAGACGGGCAUCUUGCUUCACGAGAUCUAUGGGCAGUCAGAAUCGGGAAUCACUUGCGGUGUCUUCCAGGAAAUGAAGAUCAAGCCAGGCUCCCUGGGGAAGGCCAUCUCACCCUUCGACGUCCAGAUCAUUGAUGACAAGGGCAACGUCCUGCCACCCAACACGGAAGGAAACAUUGGCAUCAGGAUCAAGCCCACCAAGCCCGUAGGCCUCUUCAUGUACUAUGAGAAUAACCCACAGAAGACAGCGGCGGUGGAAUGCGGGGACUUCUACAACUGCGGGGACAAAGCAACGAUGGAUGCGGAGGGCUACAUCUGGUUCCUGGGGCGGAGUGACGACCUCAUCAACGCCUCCGGGUACCGCAUCGGGCCUGCGGAGGUGGAGAGCGCCUUGGCCGAGCACCCGGCGGUGGCCGAGUCGGCCGUGGUGAGCAGCCCGGACCCCACGCGAGGGGAGGUGGUAAAAGCAUUUGUUGUUCUGAACCCACCGUUCCAGUCCCAUGACCAAGACCAGCUCAUCAAGGAGCUACAGCAGCACGUGAAGACGGUGACAGCGCCGUACAAGUACCCGCGGAAGGUGGAAUUUGUCCCCGAGCUGCCCAAAACAGUCACUGGCAAGAUCAAACGAGCCGAGCUUCGGAAAAAGGAGUUUGGUCAGAUGUAAUCAGCAAUCAACCCGACACCUCCCGGGCAGCACCUUCCUGGCAGCCUGGGUCUCCCCAGUAUGCAGGGGUGCGAAGAGACUGAUUUGGGAGGGGCCUCGGAAGAGCCGUGGUCCCACCCUUCUCUGAAGUGCUAUCUUUUGGAUGGCUCAGGUGAGCUCUCGCAUUGGGGAUUCGGGUAAUAAAAUCCUAACAGCCUCAGCCAGCG